CGGGCGCUAGAAGCUAAAUCAAUGGUAGAGAGUACGUUUAGCAUGUUCGCACAGACGUGCAUACGUGCAAGACACAAAAAAAGAUUUGAGUCCGCAGAGAAGAGUCAUGAAAGUGUAGAAUUUUUAGGAAGCUUACAUCUCCGCUUUCGUCUGUAUGCACCUCGACCCGGAAGGUAACCAUCUGAAGGCAGCAGAGCUUCUACGGGUGCCUGGAGGAGGACGUGUGCACAUCCUCCUUGCACCACGAGAGGCGCCGGUGUCUCUAGCGGUGGCGCCUGAUUCUACGGAGACUGCAGCUUCUGUCCGAUCCUUUUUCCUUUUCUCCUCCAUCCCUUCCACAUCCCACAGCUUAGUGUAGCUUGAACUUUCCACUCGAGGACUGUGGAGGCCAACAAGUCAAAAUGGAGACCCAAGAAUCAACAGACCCUUCUCCUGCCAAGCAGCGCAUUAUUUCAGAGGAGUUGAUCUCAGAAGGAAAAUGGGUCAAAAUUGAAAAAACAACUUACAUGGACCCCACCGGUAAAACUAGAACUUGGGAAACAGUGAAACUUACAACCAGGAAGGGAAAAUCCGCUGAUGCCGUGUCGGUCAUACCUGUGCUGCAAAGAACCCUUCAUCAUGAGUGCAUCGUUCUGGUGAAGCAGUUCCGGCCCCCGAUGGGCGGCUACUGCCUGGAGUUUCCAGCAGGGCUCAUUGAAGAUGGAGAAAGCCCAGAAGCAGCUGCUCUUCGGGAGCUGGAGGAAGAAACUGGAUACAAAGGUGACGUUGCUGAAUGCUCUCCAGCUGUGUGCAUGGAUCCAGGCUUGUCAAACUGCACCACACAUGUUGUGACAGUGACCAUCAAUGGAGAUGACGCAAGAAAUGUAAGGCCAAAACCCAAACCAGGGGAUGGAGAAUUUGUGGAAGUGAUUUCUUUAACAAAGAAUGAUCUGCUGACAAGACUUGAUGCUUUGGGAGCAGAAGAACAUCUUACAGUGGAUGCCAGGGUCUACGCCUAUGCUCUGGCACUGAAACACGCCAACUGGAAGCCAUUCGAAGUGCCCUUCCUCAAAUUUUAAGGCCAAGGACAACACUGGCCAUGUUUUGUAAAUGAAACCAUGAGGCCUUCGCUAUUCAAUGUAUUCAGUUAAGUUUAAUGUAGAUCACAAAUCAGCUUUUUCAUAAAAUAAAAGCAGCACAGACUGCAUGUGGUAUGGAAUUACAAUUACAGAGAAGAUGUAACCUUCAUUUAAACUUGUUAAAUACUCAUGGAAAUGAACAUAUAGUUAGGCAUGUUUAAAUUUCUUAAACCUCACCUAGUCUAGAAGGUGAGGGUAUUUCUCAGGAAUAGACUCAAGCUCCAAAUUAGGUCAGCUAUUUCUACCCUCAAUUCCUAAAAUAAAAAUUAUGUACUUAAGUCUGCAAAUAGCUAUUUAUUAGGCUCACAUUUAAAAAUUAGAAGGUUGGGUUUUUGUUGUUUUGUUUUGAAAUAGGGUAUCACUGUGUAAUCCUGGAUGGCCUGGAACUUAUUUUGUAGACCAGGCUGGCUUUGAACUCAGAGAUUCAUCUGUCUCUGUUUCUCCAAAGUUCUGGGAAUAAAGAUGUGUAGCACCUCACAUGGCAAAAUAA